AUUUUACGUAUAAAUACUUAUUUAAACAAAGCGCAUGGAUUUAUUAAAGGAUUCAGAUACUACGUUUCGAAGUUCAAGCAGCUAAGAUGAAGAGUUUCAUGUUUGUUGUGUUGCUGGCAGUUACCCUUGGGUAUGCCACUGUAGAUGCUGCAAAGCGUCCUGAAGCUCGGUUUACUGGACCAGAAAAUAUUACGUCAAAGGCACACGUGCUCUUAGCAUCAAAGAAUAGCGUUAAUGAUAGAAUUUUGUCCAGCACAUACCACAGUGUUGACAGAUCGCAUAGAAUAGCACACAAUCAAGAAAUACUCAUCCGCUUGGUUGAGUUCGCCAGAAUCACACGAGUUGAGGGCUGGGCCGGAACGGAUUCUGUAUUGAAAGUCCUAGAUGGAGGUCUGGGGCAUAAUUUCAUCAAAUUAGGUUAUAACACCGAAGAACACAAGUCUUUCAGUUAUAGAGUGGAUGUGUACGGCGUGUUAGAAUGCGAUGAUUAAAUAUAAUAAAUAAAAGUUUGUAAAAAAGUA